GUAGUGUUUGCUUCCAGGCCACAGUUUCCUUGCAACUCUUGGUCUUGCAGCACUUGGUCUUGCACCUCUUUGGUCUUGCAAAAUGGUUGCACCACUUGUAACUGUUGCAUACCUCUUUCUUCCUCUUCUUCUGUUAAUCCUUUUUCAAAACCUGAAAAAGGAGAAGAAUUCACGGUUUCCACCUGGUCCAAGAGGGCUUCCCAUAGUAGGGAACCUUCUUCAUGUGGACAGUACCACUCUUCAUCUGCAGCUGUGGGAACUGUCAAAGAAAUACGGACCCAUUGUUUCCCUUAGAUUUGGAUCAAGGAAAGCCAUUGCCGUUUGCACAUCUGAAUUGGCCAGAGAGGUGUUGAAAGACCGUGACCUCGAGUGCUGUGGAAGACCUAAACUGCUUGGCCAACAAACUUUGUUCUUCAAAGGCUACGAUGUUAUAUUCUCUCCUUACGGUGAGUUCUGGAGAGAGAUCAGAAAGAUCUGCGUGCUGAAUGUCCUUAGCCAGAAACAGGUCGCAACAUUUUCCCCAAUAAGACACAGUGAGUUGAAGGAUAUGAUGAAAAGAAUUUCGAGGAACGCUUCAUCCGGAAAGCUUUAUAACUUUACCGAAGCGACUAUUUCCCUUACAAGCACUAUCAUAUGUAGAAUACUGUUUGGGAGAAGCUACGAAGAUAACGAAGCCGAUGGGAGUAGAUUCUAUUCCCUACUCAAAGGCUGCCAAGAGAUGAUGGUUGCCUUCUUUUUCUCUGAUUUCAUUCCUUCCUUGGGUUGGAUCGAUACUGUCACAGGAAAGAAGGCUCGUCUUCGUGCUAUUUUCCAGGAGGUUGAUAGCUUCUUCCAGGACGCCAUUGAUGAACACCUUGAUCCCAAUAGAGUAGUCACUCCAGAGAACACAGAUAUCACAGAUAUCAUUCUUCAACUUCAGAAGCAGCGUACCAGUUCCGUCGAACUCACAGACGACGUCGUCAAGGCCAUCCUCAUGGACUUGCUUCUGGCAUCAACAGAUUCAAGUUCGGCCUCCUUGGUGUGGAAUAUGACUGCCCUACUAAAGAAUCCAAGAGUGAUGAAGAAACUUCAAGCUGAAAUCAGGGGUAAGGCAGGUGGAAAGGAAUUUCUGGACGAUGAAGAUGUUCAGAAUCUGCCGUAUCUGAGGGCGGUGAUAAAAGAGACAUUCAGAUACUAUCCACCAGGGCCAAUUCUCGUGCAGAGAGAAACAAACGAGGAUUGCGUGAUAGGAGGUUACGAAAUUCCUGCGAAGACAACAUUGUACGUGAAUGCUUGGGCGAUUCAUAAGGACGAAAACAACUGGAAAAACCCAUUUGAGUAUUAUCCGGAGAGGUUCAUGGAUAGCAGCGUAACUUUCAGAGGGACAGAUUAUGAGUUUCUUCCGUUCGGUUCUGGUCGUAGAGUUUGUCCUGGGAUGCCUAUGGCGAUUGCUUCGUUGGAUUUGAUUCUGGCGAAUCUUCUGAAUGCAUUCGAUUGGGAACUGCCAGCAGGAAUGAAACCAGAAGACUUGGAUGUUUUAACAGAUCCAGGACUCACAGUGCACAAGAGGAAUCCUCUUCAUAUUCUUCCUAAACGUGUAAUCUAAAACUAUCAUUCUUAAUUCCUACGUAGUAAUGUUUGCUGUCUGCCCAAUCUUACCACCACAACCACAACGACGUAGGUAAAUAAGGGCCCUCUCCACUGUCUCUGUCUUUUCUUUCUUUCUCUUGUACUCUUCUUCUUCUUCUUGUAUUACCAUUCUUAAUUAUAUCUUAAUUAAUGUCAUUUUAUCAUCAAUCCAAUUAUUACAAGAAAUUACAUCGUCA